AUGCCAGUCACAAGAGCUAUGAAAUCUAUCCUGCAACUAAGGCGAAUCCCUAAAACUUUACAUGCUGAUCAGGAAAAAGAAUUUUAUAAUAAAGAAUUCAAGGAUCUCAUGAAGCAAUAUGGAAUAAAUUUAUACUCCACGUUUAACAACCUAAAGGCAUCAAUUUGUGAACGUUUUAAUCGAACGUUUAAAAAUAAAAUGUGGCGAGAAUUUACCGCACGUGGUAAUUACAAGUGGAUUGAUAUGCUGGAAGAAUUGGUAAACUCUUAUAACAAUACCAAACAUCGUACUAUUAAAAUGAAACCGGUUGAUGUAACUACUGAAAAUGAAAAGCAGAUAUUGGAGAAUAUUUACAAACCUCUUCGAGUUGUAGCGAAAAAACGGAAGAUCAAGUUUAAAGUUGGAGAUAAAGUUAGAAUAAGUAAAUACAAACAUGUUUUUGAAAAAGGAUAUACACCAAAUUGGACGACUGAAAUUUUUACUAUCAAGACAGUGCAGAAAACUAAUCCUACGACAUACAAACUAAUGGAUUAUCAAGAUCAACCAAUUGAAGGUGGAUUUUAUGAGGAAGAGCUUAGCAAAGUAAAGAAUCCUGAUGUGUAUUUAGUUGAAAAAACUAUUAAAACACGUGGAAACAAAUUGUAUGUUAAGUGGCUUGGUUUUGAUAGUAAUCACAACAGCUGGAUUAAUAAAUCAGACCUGUAA